AUAUAAAGAGAGAGAUAGACCUCACUUUGGAGGAGUGGUCUUCUGUCUCCUCUAAAAGUUUUUGAGUUGAAUUCACCAUCACACUCGAGACACACACGACACACACACCUGCUGUGGAUAUGCCGUUCUCUGUUGUGCUGGAUGGACAUGCACCGUGGGGCUUUCGACUUAUUGGAGGACGGGACUUCAGCCAACCCCUCACCAUCGCCAAAAUAUCACCAGGAAGUAAAGCUUCCAGAGUCAACCUCUCUCCUGGAGACAUCAUCUUAGUGAUAAAUGGAGUUUCUGCAGAAAACAUGAUGCACUCUGAGGCGCAGAAUCUAAUCAAGGAUGCCACCUACCAGCUCACACUUACCGUAGAGAGACCAGAGACUAAGCUGUGGUCACCAAGUGUCACUGAACAAAACAAAAGCCAUCCGUUUAAAAUUAACAUAGAGGCAGAGAGACAAGAGUACAGACCAAUAGGAACAGCCCAUAAUCGAAAGGCUUCACCCAUGGUGGCCGCAGCCAACAUCAAUGAAACACGUCAGGUGGUGAGCCCAACCUACAACUCCCCUAUUGGCCUUUACUCAUCAGGCAAUAUCCAGGACGCCUUACAAGGGCAACUCAAGGGCCUCAUCCAUAGCAAACCAGAAAGUCCCAGGAAACUUCACAAUAUAGAGGAGUCCGAAGUAUAUCGGAUGCUGCAAAGAGAUCAAGAUGAGGAUGAACCCCAUGAACCGCGACAGUCGGGAUCCUUUAAAGCAUUACAGAGCUUCAUCGACAGUGAGGGUACACGUCCAUUAGUGACAAGGAAAGUCCGUGCCCCUAUGACCAAGUCAUCUGCUCCUGCGGGGAACUUGCACAAGCUACCAAUGUGUGAUAAGUGUGGUAACGGCAUAAUUGGGACGGUUGUGAAGGUUCAGGAUAAGUUUCGUCAUCCAGACUGUUUUGUGUGCGCUGAAUGUGAAGAAAACCUAAAGCAGAAAGGAUACUACUUUAUAGAUGAUGAGCUAUACUGUGAAACCCAUGCUCAUGCCAGGGCAAAACCUCCUGAGAGUCCAGACCUUUGACUUUCUCAUUGUUCUGAAGGCACAUACUACAAGUCAGCUACUCGGUGUACGAACAUCUUGUUUUAACCACAGGCAUAAAAUUUUACCACAAUUCAAGCACAAUCAUGUCAACCAGGUACUGAGAGACACAUUUAUGGAUAGUGCAUAGUUGUGUCACGUGUGCUGGGACGCAGUAUUUUGCACUUACUUUAUAGGAAUAGGAUGUAUUGACUGAAAUAUGUUUGUAUGAAUAAAGGUUUUGUUAUUUGAGAAUCA